ACAUGACAUACCAAAGAUCGUAUGACGCUGCGUAAUGCAAAUGACGUAUUGAUAGAAAAACAUGUCCGACGGCCUGCCGUAGUUCCGGAGAACUGAAGUGAAUGAACAUUUCGUCGUUGAAUCUGUAUCAGAGCAGUUCUGAUUGAACUUCUCGUAACAGAUGGAUUCUGAAGUGGCCACCGAAACUCCAGUUAACGGUCAAGGGGACACUAAGCCAAAAAGAGGAGCCGGGGACAAUCACACGAAGUCUAACCGGAUCACACGAUUGCCCCUGACAAGAAUCAAGAACAUUAUGAAAACAGACCCGGACGUGACCUUAGCCAGCCAGGAAUCAGUCCUUCUCAUAGCCAAAGCAACGGAGCUGUUCUUAGAUCACUUUGCCAAAAUGUCCUACAGUCACACCGCCAGGAGCAAGCGAAAAACAAUCAAAAGACAAGAUAUCGACCUUUCUGUUGAAGCCUUGGAUGCCUAUGCAUUUCUCGAAGGGAUGCUUGAGUGAGGUGCUCUAAAAACUGGUGUUGUUUUGAGGUCGGCAAACAAGAUCUGGAGUUGUCAUGCUUACGGAAAGGCAGAGACUACAUGUACAUGUGCUCUUUUGGUGCUAACAUGAAAACAAACAUGCACAAAACAACUGGGUCAACACUUUCACUGUGCAGAGAAACAUGCAAGUACAUUUUCUUAAAUGUACAAGUCUUACAGUGAAUCAAACAGAGGAGCUGGUAUAUGGACCUGAAUGUAAUUUUCCUGUACAUUGUAUGCACAUUUCGUCUAUACAGUGUAGUUACGAACAGUUUAUCUUUUUAAGAAGUUGAACCUGCCAAUCAUAAUGAAGUCAUCUGCCCUGCCUGAGGAAGUGCUAAGGAGCUAGCUCUUGGCCUUCAGGGGCCACUUCUUGAAAAUGUUUAGAGCAAUUUAUUGACUUUUUCUGCAGUCAGCUUCCCACUCUGGUACAUGUAUGGGGGGCAUGAGGCACGGAACAUUUAAGGCAUAAAUUGCUCAAAAUUGAAUUAGUAUUUAGUGUCCCCAACUGUUUCUUGUAGGAGGCUACAUUGUAACUUGUUUUUUAAUACCUCAGAAAAAUGAUUUGAAAACACAGAAGCACUGUGUAUGUGUGCAGUUUCAUUGCCUAGCUUUCUCUUUCAUUUGUCUUUGAAUACAAAAUAGGUCAUUCGCACACUGGCUGCCAUCUUUCAAAUAGAUAAGAAGCCUCAUUUCCCCCCUUUUGUUUUCAAAAACCUGGACUCUAAACAUGGUUACUUAACAUUUGGCAUUUAAUUAAAAAUGACGAAAACUUGAGCAUGCAUUUGGUAUCGGAGGGGCAAAGGCGAUAACAGGAAGUGUGAUGACUCUAAGAGUGGUA